CGUAUGCACCGAUGCGCCAGUGCGUAUCGAUUCCAUGUAUGCCCUUUCUCCACCUCAGUUCAUUGCUAGUCCUAUUUCCCAGCCGGGUGGUUGUGCCGUGGGGAAACUUUGGUGGCCCCAUUCCAUCCCAAGACUCCAGAAUCGGGUUAUCAGCACUUGCACCCCUCCAUAUAUUGCGGAGAGAGAGCCUCCCACUAUCUGAGGCUACACUCCUCAACUUCUUAUGCAACACUCCAGCCCAACACUGGAACCUUUUGCGCCCCUCGUCACAUCAAAAAGCAGGCCAUGUGCCAAGCAGACCGCCGAGCAAAUAGCAGCACCUGAAACCCUCAACCGCAUUAUUUAGUCACUGACGUCGAUCCAACAUGUGGUGGGAUCCAGAUACCAUCGAUCGCGCCGUGACCCGGGAGUUCGUCUGCAGUCAGCUCCUCCCCGGAGAGAUAGAGCGCCUGGACCGCCCGCUGGGUUUUGGUGAUGGUCUCACAGACGGCACGUACUGGGAAUGGAUCGAUGAGAAGGCAAAGCGCAUCUUCCUCAUCCUCGUCGACCUCGGUGUCCCUGACCAGAUCUUCGGCGUCAUCGACGACUCGUGGGACGACGAAGACCUCCCCAUCGCCCUCGAUCAGGUCGAGCGCCUGGCCCUGACUCCCGGAAAGGAUGAGAAGUCUGAGAGGAGGUUCUACUAUCGGCAGUUCUACUAUCUGCUGCGGCCGCUCCAGAAGGGCGACACUAGCAUAUACCAGGACAACGAGGUGGUGCCCCUGGAUGUCGUCGACAAGAAGCAGACCCUCGCUCCGGGGCAGGGCCACCAUGUCGACAAAGUCGUGCUUCCGAACUAUCCGGGGAUGGUCUUUUGUCGUCGUCGGAUACCGGUUGGGCCCGGCCAAGGCUUGAACUACUUGAGCCAGGAGGAUUUCUUGUUCGAGGUUAACAGCAUCAAGAACGUGCAGAAUGAGCAUCUGGCCUCGUAUUGGGGUUCGUACAUCUUCCAGGGAUAUGGAUAUGUUCUGUUCACGCCUGCACCAGACUUUACGCUGAAGUCCUUUCUAACCACGACGCCGAACUCGAUAAAGAACUUGGACAAGCAGAAACGGAGGGCGCUCGUCAUGAACUGGAUCCACUGCCUGGUCGAUACGCUAUGUUUCAUCCACAACCGGGGUCUCUCCCAUGGAAACAUCAAGCCGUCGACAAUCCUCUUUUCAAACGACAAUCAGAUAGGCUUUGCUGACUUCUCUCGGUUCAACGCCGAAGGUUUGAUGGAGAAGACCACCUUCGACAAGGAGUCGUACGACUAUGCGGCCCCCGAGCAGUGGUUCCGGCCAACGUCAGGUCCUCCGAGCCCUGUCCAUCGAAGGGCAACAAUGUCUUCGCUGUCUACUUCACCAGAAAGCCACAAUUUUUCCAUCAGCCGCGUGCCAACCGACCUCACCAGUUCCAGUCCGAUGGCCAUGAUGCAUGCCCCCACGCCGCAUCUUAACCCGCAGGCUGCCGAUGUCUUUUCUCUAGGCUGCGUUAUACUUGAGCUCUUGAGCUUCUUGCUCAAGAAGCAGGGACGGCCGUUUGCAACCCACCGCGCAGCGAAGCACAAAACCCCGGGCCGAGGCGGCGCAGUGCCGGAUGCAUCUUUCCACAAGAACCUCGGCCAGGUGGAGGUCUGGAUGACGCAGCUGGCUAAAGAGUCGUCGAAGAAGGAUGGCGCAGUGUUCAAGGGCAUCGCACCGAUGCUGCAUGUCGUCGAGCGCAUGCUGUCGUUCCACCCUUCAGAACGGCCAGCUGCCCACGACGUGCAAACCAAGAUGUACCAGAUCCUGACGGAUUCUUGUGGCAUCACGGAACCCCACUGCGUCCACCAGUACGGCGGCUGGGACUUUGGCAUUGGGAGCCUGAAGCUAGGUUCGCCGCCACUCAGCAGAAACGAUAGCUACGAAACCAUGUCGAUUGCGACUAAGCGUAGUAGCGGCUCGCGGAGCGGAGAUCACAAGCGUAACAACAGUGGGGGUAGUUUACGCAGAACCGAUAGCAUCAGUCGCGAGUCGGAGAGAAGCAGAAUAGGGAGCGACUUGAGCAGUGGCUUCCAAGCCAUACAGAAUCUCCGCAUCAGAGACAAGGUGAGGCCGUGGCAGGCUCCCGUAUAUGCAGGUAUUUGAGAACUCCCUCGACUAAUCAGCUGCGCAGACAAGAGCUGACCAAGGAGCCUGACUUUUCAGAUGUGAGCGUCGGAUAAAAAAAGGACGGUGAGCAUGAUGGGGCAUCCAGGACUGCAAGAUGACGACAAUUUAGGAAAUGCUGGGUAUGACUGGGAAUAUGAGAAUGCAAUUACAGCGAUGCUAGGGGUUUUUUGGUUGUAUUCGCGAACACCGUGCUGCACGCUCCCGGAAUGUCAACAAGCAAGCGAGCCCUACUCCUUGUAGCCGCCCUGGGUGCACACAAAAUUCUAUCUUCAUCAUCAUCAAAGCCAUCCUAAUGCGCAAGCAUGGAAGCUGGUUUAUAG